CGUCUACGGACCAACACCGGGAAAGUCUACGCAAAAUGGCAGGCCUCGUCGAUUCUGCUGGUUCCGGGAUGGCGAGACGUAUCCAACCUUCAUCAAGUUCCGAUCUCCUCGGCGGAACUUUGCCGCUUCUGUGAUGUCACGCAUUUGCUUCUUCGAUGACGACAGCAAUUAGAGAGCCUUUUGUUCGGUGCGUUCCUUAUUGCCUUUGGAAAUUUUGAACACAACAAAUUCCAAACGCCGUCAAAAAUCGGUCUGUCUGUCCUUUCGCCGAACCAACCGUCGACCCCCUCUUUCUGGUCCGAAGAAACCAAAAAGGCCAAAAGGAAACACAACACACGUCCGGUCCGUCCGGUCGUUCCGUCGCUACCGAACAGGAUCGAACGGAUUGGAACAUGAGGAGGACCGCUACUAAUGUGACUACUAUCCAACGGCGAUCGUGCCAGCGGUUCCGAUGGUUCUCGACCUUCCCAACACAUUUACACUUCCACUAUUCUCCACCAAUUCCAUCCCGGUGCCUUCCGAAUCACACCACGAGACGGCGUUUUUUUCAAGGUUUCCGCCGUCCCACCAAGCAAGCCGUCGGAUAUCAUCAUGGCGUUCGACUCUUUUGCAGAGCCACGGCAUCAACGGCACCAUUCACUGUCCGCAAACCAUCCAACAGGAUUGCAAGUUUCCUUUCGCGGAACCAAAAUUGAGAUGCCCUUGCUGCCCGGCACGACGGUCGCAGCGGUCCAACAAGCCGUCGUGAGCGUUGCCAAUCACGGCGCCAAUACCACUAAAACUGCUACCGCCACUGCGACGGCUCUUCCUCCGACCAAUGUGCGUUCGGUGGAUCAAGAAUCCUGGGCACCUUCCGAUAUCAAACUCGUUCUCCAAGGCAAACUCUUGAGCGAUCCAAGCUACGAUCUGUACGCUGCUUUGUCAAAUUCGACCAAGAAAAUGUUCAAGAUCGUCGCCACCGGGACUUCGAAAGAGCAGAUGCAGGCUUUUACAAAGGCCGCGCUCGUAGCUCCGCGCAUCAAGGACGACCUAUCGUCGUCCGGCCGGGUCGAGCUGGCCCGGAGGGAUCGCCGCGGACGCGCCCUUUUGCAACAGGCUGCCGUCCGACAAAAGUCAAACCACGCCACCGGCAGUAAUCGUUAUCGUUUCCACAAAAUAGAGACCCUUCCUGCCUUGCCAAACGAAGCACAAGCCCGACGCAUUUUGGAGACACUGGCGAACGAUCCCGGCAUUCUCGCUUGCUUGGCCUCGCACCAAUGGGCCGUCGGUAGUCUCGCGGAACUACUCCCGGAUGGUAAGGUGGGUGAAAGUGCCGUCUCCGUCAUGGGCUUGAACCGCAACCAAGGACAACAAAUUUUGCUCCGACUUCGUACGGACGACUUUCAAGGCUUUCGACCCAUGACUAAAAUUCGAAAGGUACUUUACCAUGAAUUAGCGCACAACGAGAUUCGUCCACACAACCAGGAUUUCUUCCAACUUAUGCGACAAAUCGAACAAGAGUGCAUCAGUAUGGACUGGACGCAAGGUGCCGGUUUGAGUUCAUUCCCCGAAAUGGCCGAUGCUAUCAACGAGGACAGUAGUGGAUUGGUGCAUGGUGGUACCCACCGAUUGGGCGGAGGUAACGAUCGCGAGAACGAUGCCGAAGAAACCGCCGCCGAUCGCGGAAAAAUGUCAUUGCGAGAGCAUGUAGCCCAAGCUGCGUUACGACGCAUGUCGGCAGCCGAAGCGACCGAGAUUUCCGAGCACUGCGGCUGCCCGAAGUCUCAUGCUGACGAAAAUCUGUUUUUACCUCCGGAAAAUACCACCCCGUCUAAUCCCACCUCUCAAACCGAUGACGGGUCGCCACACGAAAGAAAGGAGAAACGUUCGAAAGAAUAAUUGUAAAGCUAUGAAACUGUAC